AUGUCACAUGCCUAUGCCUUAAAUACCGUACUCGAUGUUUACGAUAAAGUUUAUCAAACAAUAGAAGAAGUAAGAAAUAUAGACGGAGGAUCAGAUUUCAAACUUGGUGCUGAUUGUAAUGGACUGCUUAGCUACUUGACUUCUUAUAGGUUUUUAAUGACAGCUCUUAGUUUUAAAAAAAUAUUUGAAAUACUUGAACCAUUAACCCGUACAUUACAAGCUCGUGACAUAGAUAUUUUAGCAGCGAUGUAUUUAGUUAAUAGUGCUAAAGAGUCCAUAGUGGCACUGAGAACUGAAGAAACAUUUGAAAAUAUUUUUAUAUUAGCUAAAGAAUUUGAUGAUAAGUAUGAGAAUGAGGAAUUUGAGCUAUUGCGGACAACAAAAAAACGUAAAGUUAGAAAAAUGGAUGGGGAAUUAUGUAGUGAUGAAGUUGAACAAAAUCCUAUUCAAAAGUUUAAGGUAGAUACUUAUUUUGUAGCAUUAGAUAUUAUUAAGACACAAAUUAGUCAAAGAUUUACUAAUAAAACUAUUGAAGUAAUGAAAGAUUUUGCUUUAUUAUCAAUCAAACGUAUAAAAGCAUUAAAAAAAAACCCUAAAAGCAUUCCUAUAGAUGCAUUUAAGGCUGUUUGUUUGGUAUAUAAUACAUUAUUAAAGUUAGAAGAUGUCCGUAGGGAGUAG